AUGGCUUCUGAGAAUCCAGAUGACAGAAAGGAGUUUGAUCCCUUAGUAUACGGGUCGAAAAUGCCUCACAAAUUAUAUAAAGGUGUUUACGAAAAAAAAGGUAAAGAGAAGUGGUAUGCACAAUGUUCACAUGGAGGAGAGAAUGCAUACAUUGGUACUUAUAACACAGAGCUUGAGGCAGCUCUGGCUUAUGAUAAGAGAGGUAGAGAGCUGAAACGUCCCGAAGAAAAACUUAAUUUCCCGAAAUUUCUUACUGAACAUAAUCCACCAGCAGCUACCGAGCCGGCAUUGCCCAUAACAAAUGCAUUGUCCAGUAGUGUACAGGUCAAUGUACCUUCAGGCAGCUCAAGUUCUAAUGCUGGAAGAGGAGAAAAAAGAAAGCAAAUUACUAUCUCUAAAGAAGAAUAUGAUGCGUACCUUCCAUAUCAUGAAGCUAGGAAAAUAGAAUUCGCUCAACGUGGACGGAAUGUCUCGGUCAGUGGUGUAGCCAUCAGGUCUCAGUCUGCAAAUAUUUCGAGUGCUAUAAUGGAAUUGAUUGGAAACCCUGGAGAGUUCAAAGAUGUGCCAGAUGAAGAGUUAUUAAGCGACGCUGAAAAAGAAUUCGUGGAGAGCUUACUCAACCAGGGCACCUCGUCAGACGACGGCAAGCUCUCUUAG